CGCGAGGACAGCGCUGACCCUGUUGGUGCUUUCAAGACUGUUGGGGACUCGGAAAUAAACAAGGAAGGCGGAAUCAUAACUUCAGUGAUCUUCAGGUCGGAAAGAAAUACCCGAGUUACGGAUUUAGGAUUCCGAGUUUGAUUUAUUAACUAGACAGUGCAAAGAAAAUGGCUGCGUUCUUACAGUGGAGACGAUUUGUGUUUUUUGAUAAAGAGACCGUGAAGGACGCUGGAGAUAAUGGGAAGAACUUUGUCCUCCCGGUUGGCAUAUCUGCAUGUGACUCGGGCCGGGGCCACAUCGUUCUUGGAGAUAUGGACGGUCAGAUCUGGUUUUUGACACGCUCCCUACAGUUGUCCUCCUUUCAGGCUUACAAGCUGAGAGUGACCCACCUGUACCAGCUCAAACAACACAGCAUUUUGGUCACGGUUGGGCAGGACGAGCAAGGAAUUAACCCCCUGGUGAAGGUAUGGAAUCCGGACAAGCGUGACAGCGGGAAUCCUCUGUGUACCAGAAUAUUCCCAGCAAUUCCUGGGAACAAACCAACAGAGGUGUCCUGCCUCAGUGUACACGAGAACCUAAACUUUAUGGCUAUUGGCUUCACAGAUGGCAGUGUGGUGUUGACAAAGGGUGACAUAACCCGGGACAGGCACAGUAAAACCCUGACACUGCAUGAGGGCACCUGUCCAAUCACGGGCCUCGCUUUCCGUCAGCAGAACAAAGUCACUCACUUAUUUGUUGCCACUCUGGAAAAAGUCCAUUGCUACACUUUGUCGGUGAAGGAGUACCCUAAACUGGAACUGGACACCCACGGCUGUGCGCUGCGUUGCUCUGCACUCACAGACCCCUCCCAGGACUCCCAGUUUAUUGUCGCGGGGGAUGAGUGUGUGUACCUUUACCAGCCUGAUGAACGGGGGCCCUGUUUCGCUUUCGAUGGGCACAAGCUACUGGCCAACUGGCACCGGGGCUACCUCCUGCUGCUCACCAGGGACACCAAGUCUCCCAACAAGUCUGAAUUUGGGAGUAGAGAGACAUCUCCUUCGGAGAAACAAAUCUUGACAAUCUACGACCUGGACAACAAGUUCAUUGCCUACAGCGCUUCCUUUGAUGACAUCAUUGACGUUCUGGCUGAAUGGGGCUCCUUCUACAUCCUGACUCGGGAUGGAAAAAUGUUUGUGCUGCAGGAGAAAGACACUCAGACCAAGCUAGAGAUGCUCUUCAAGAAGAAUCUGUUUGUGAUGGCCAUCAACCUGGCUAAGAGCCAGCACUUGGACAGUGACGGGCUGUCUGAGAUUUUCAGGCAAUACGGUGACCACCUCUACGUGAAGGGUGACCACGAUGGAGCCAUCCAACAGUACAUCCGCACAAUCAGGAAGCUGGAGCCUUCUUACGUAAUCCGGAAGUUUCUGGAUGCUCAGAGGAUCCACAACCUGACGGCCUACCUCCAGGCCCUGCACCGGCAGUCGCUGGCCAAUGCCGACCACACCACCCUGCUGCUCAACUGCUACACCAAGCUCAAGGACAGCUCUAAGCUUGAAGAGUUCAUCAAGAGCAGCGAGAGCGAGGUCCACUUUGACGUGGAGAUUGCAAUCAAGGUGCUGCGCCAGGCAGGCUACCACAGUCACGCAGUCUUCCUGGCCGAGAGGCACCAGCACCACAAGUGGUACCUGAAGAUCCAGCUUGAGGACCUGAAGAACUACCAGGAGGCUUUGCGUUACAUUGGACGACUUCCUUUCGACCAGGCAGAGAGCAACAUGAAACGCUACGGCAAGACCCUGAUGCACCACGUCCCCGACGGCACCACACUGCUUCUCAAGGGCCUGUGUACCGACUACCAGCCCAGCCGGGAUGCCAUGGAAAGAGACAGCCUGGACAGAGGCCCGGUGGUGGCCAAGAAGGCAAAUUCAGAGGAGUUCAUCUCUGUGUUUGCUAAUAACCCGCGGGAGCUAAGGGCCUUCCUGGAGCACAUGAUUGAGGUGGAGCCCUUCUCCUCUCAGGGGGUGUAUGACACACUGCUAGAACUACGGCUGCAGGACUGGGCACAUGAACAAGACUCUGAGAGGAAGAAGGUCCUGCAGGGGGCAGCACUGUCCUUGCUGAGGAGUGACAACACCGUAUUUGACAAGGCCCUCGUCCUGUGCCAGAUGCACAACUUCAAAGAAGGGGUCCUAUACCUCUAUGAGAAGGGCAAACUGUACCAACAGAUCAUGCAUUACCACAUGCAGAAUGAGGAGUAUGGCAAAGUGGUGGAGGCCUGCAAGCGCUAUGGCGACCAGGAAGUAUGCUUGUGGGAGCAGGCGCUGGGAUACUUUGCCCGCAAAGAGGAGGACUGCAAGGCCUACAUCAGCCAAGUCCUGGAGCACAUCGACCAGAACAACCUGAUGCCUCCUCUAUUGGUGGUGCAGACGCUGGCACACAACUCCACAGCCACGCUAUCGGUCAUCAAGGACUACCUGAUCAACAAGCUGCAGAGGGAGAGCCAGCAGAUUGAGGACGAUGAGCGCAAGAUCCGCCAGUACCGCGAGGAGACGGCCCACCUCCGCGCCGAGAUCCAGGAACUCAGAAGCAGCGCAAAGAUUUUCCAGAAGACCAAGUGCAGCAUGUGCAACAGCCCCCUCGAGCUGCCCUCUGUUCACUUCCUGUGCAGUCACUCCUUCCACCAGCACUGUUUUGAGAGCUACGCAGAGAGUGAGGCCGAGUGUCCCACCUGCACACCGGAAAACCGGAAGGUCAUGGACAUGCUGCGGGCCCAGGACCAGAAACGAGACCUGCACGACCACUUCACCAGACAGCUGCGGUGCUCCAAUGAUGGUUUCUCCGUGGUGGCGGACUACUUUGGCCGUGGGGUGUUCAACAAGCUGACCCUGGUCACCGACCCGCCGGGCAGCAAGGUGGGGGUGGGAAGCCUGGAGGCAGACCUGCAGAGGGACCUACUCAUCCACACCAAGAGGAACACUUGAGGGCCACAAGGCACAAUGGAUACAACAGCUUGCGACUGUACACUAUUACCCUUUUCACACUAUCAUGCUGACCCAAACCAAGCUGGGCUGGCUCUGAUAUUUUAUUUUCAGAUUGUCCUUUUUAGCACAGUUGGUUUGUGUGGCUCGGCUUGGUUCAACUCCAUUGUGUGAAAAGCCCUUAGGUUCUGUGUUUUGCUGUCUGCUGCUCAAGCUAAGAAUAAACUACUAUACCCAGCUGCAAUGGGGUCCCUGACCCAUCGUGCUUUGUUCUGUAGUACACAAUGCCACAAUAUUUAGUCAAGAUUAAUCAGUCAUGCUCCUGUCACAACACCAGUAAGAGAUGUGUUGAUAGUUUCUGUUUCUGAUGCAUGUUACACGUCUGUGCAUCUGGGUUGUGUUUAUUAGGUGAAAUUAACAGAAAACGUUUUUGCAAUGUGCAAUGAAUAUGAGCAUUACUUAUUGUACAGGUAGUUGCUGUUUUCUUCAAUAUGACACCUAAUAAACAACCCUGGUCCAAGCACAGAGGUUCAGAAUGAAGGGUGGUUGGGUGGAUUUUGUUUUUAUGCACUUGAUUUAUGUGCAUUGUGUAAUGUCUUUGAGCACUCUGUUAGAAUUUGUAUUUUUUAAAGAAGGCUAUCUCUUGAAAUGUGGCUUAUUGAUACUGGGUAGAUGCAUUUUAUUCCUUGUUGUGCCUUCUUGAAAUGCUGUGUGCAUGUAUUUCUUUCCAUAUGAGAUGUGUCAUGCCAUCUCAUAUUUGGGUUUUAUACCAUGGCCUUGUUGAAUACUCGUUUCUGAUUGGCUUGAAGGGCAUUCUCAAGCGUGCAUUAUUUCCCUAUGAAGCACGGUAUAUCAGCAUGUAAAAUUAAAUCGCUAUAGUUCAUGCUUACAUGUUUUGUUUGAGCUGGUUUUGAAACCAAAAAUCGAAUUGAAAACAUUGAAUUUGAUGUUCAUAAUAGCAUUCUAGGACUGAUGGUUUGGUUAGCUAAACUAACAUGUCAAUUUGUAAGUCGCUCUGGAUAAGAGCGUCUGCUAAAUGACUUAAAUGUAAAUGAUGUAAAUGUCUGUUUGGUUAGUUACUAACAUGUGUCUGUUUGGUUACCAUAGAAACUACUGUGGCUAUCGAGUAAACUUACUGGGUACUUCAGUGGAUGUUGAACACAUUUCUACCAACACAUUUCUAGUGGAAAUUAUGCUUAAUUAUAGCCAUGGUUUAAAAUGGAUAAUCAACUCUGGGCUCUAUGCAUCCUCUGUAAAAUAUUGCAACUCCAUGGACGGUCAGUUCCACUCAGCUAGGGCAUAAUGGAACACACCUUACAUGUCGUUCAUUAUCUUCCACAGAACGCAUAGCCCCUCGUUAAUUAUCCCUUCCUUAUAAAAAUGUAGCCCAUCUCACACUUCACUUUUUAAAGUCUGAAUUUGGCUAACCCUAAACAUCAUUAAUGUCUUUAAUACACUUCUCUUCAAGGUGACUUCCAGAAAUGUGCAUGUUGUGGCUGGUGAAACAUUUAGCCUAGAUAGUGUGGUAUCAACCAGUGAUUCUGCAAUGUCUUUGUAUCAAUCCACUAAUGUUGUAUAUAGAUUUGACCUGCACAUUACCUGAAUAAUGAAUGAACUAGCUACAUGUCAUAUGCUUAGAAUUCUAGUUCUAUGCAUUAGCAUACUUGAAAUGUGUCACAUAAAUGAUCUUGUUUAAAAAUGUUUGUGCUUAUCUAAAUAAAUGUGCACAUAUACUCAA